AUGCCUGAAAACACCUUCACGUUCAGCGAGGAGGAUUUCGAGGCCAUUAUAAAACUGCACAACGACACACUGGUGAUAUUAUUUCUUUUAAACAAUACCAGGAUAAAAUGUGUGCUUGUGGAUCCAGGAAACUCGACCAACAUAAUUAGAUCAGAGGUAGUAGGACAAUUGGGGUUGCUCGAUCGAGUCACCCCCAUCCCUCGAGUCCUCCAUAGCUUCAACAUAGCCGAUGAGGUAACGAAAGGAGAGAUCACCCUCCCGAUCGACACAUCCAACACGAUUCAGAACACCGAGUACCAAGUCAUCGAUGGCGACAUGAGGUAUAAUGCAUUGCUUGGCAGGCCUUGGAUACACAGCAUGAAGGCAGUACCAUCAACCUUGCACCAAGUGAUAAAAUUUCCCACGAAGGACGGCAUAAUGACUAUACAUAGAGAACUGUGGGUGGCAAAAGAAAUGUUUGCAGUUCACCAUAAGGCGUUGAUCCCCACUCACCCGAUCUCAGACAAGGUGAGGAACACACAGACCCCCGAGGAUGACGAAGAAGAUUUCUUCGCUCCUCGGACCUUCGUUGCCCCCGAGGAAUCGGACGCAACUAAAUCGAUAGUCGAAUAG